GUGCGAGAAAUCCUCCAAGCGUUGGCUUAUGAAAUUUAUCUUUCUGUAUCAGUUGGGUUAGACCUUGCUCCCAAAGGUUGGGAGUUGGAUGAUGCAUGUAUAAUACUACUGAAGUUUAUAGUGUUGACUGAGUUUGUCACUUGAUCUUAACAGGUUUUACAUAUUUCUGGUUUCAAAAUCAUACUAGAUGGAUCUAGAGAUACCAAUAGAGGACCAGUUCUCCAAAUUGCACCCUUCCUUGGCAGAAAACACCAGAAUUGGAAUAGUUGGUGCUGGUCCAAGUGGCUUAUCAGCAGCUUAUGCACUAGCCAGGCUUGGUUAUAAGAACAUCACAGUCUUGGAGAAACAUCAUACGGUUGGUGGCAUGUGUGAAUCAGUAGAAAUUGAAGGAAAAGUUUAUGAUCUGGGUGGGCAAGUUCUUGCAGCAAACAGUGCUCCAGUCAUUUUUCACUUGGCAAGAGAGACAGCCUCUGAACUAGAAGAAUUGGAUUCCCACAAGCUUGCUGUCAUUGAUCAUUCCACUGGAAAAUAUCAAGAUAUUGAAGUUGCUGAUGAUUAUGUAUCAGUUAUGUCACUUACAUUGGAAAUCCAAGAAAAGGUGAAGAAUUGUAAUCGUAUUGGGGUCCAUGCUGUUAGUGACAUUGCUUCAGACUUAACUCCAGAAUAUCUUAAGCAUCAUGGACUCAAAUCUGUUCCCAAAUCUGUAGCUUAUGGUUACACUGCUUCAGGAUAUGGAUUUACUCAAGACAUGCCUUAUGCCUACCUGCAUGAAUUUACUAGAACGUCCAUGGCUGGAAAAAUUCGACGAUUCAAAAAUGGAUAUACUAGUCUGUGGCAGAAGAUUGCUGAAUCGCUUCCCUUAAAACUUUGCUGUAACACUGAAGUAUUGGCAAUCAGGAGGAACUCUGAUGGUGUCACUGUUAAGACCAAGAGCUUAAAUAAAGUUGAAACUCUGGAAUUUGAUAAGAUAAUAAUCUCGGGCUCAUUUCCAUUAAAAUAUGGAAGGACUUACAGAUCAUUUCCUUCAACUUGCAUAGAGCGUGAAACAGAAGUAAUGGAUGCAAGUGACCUUGAAAAGGAAUUGUUCAGCAAAGUAGAGACAAAUGACUACUACACCACUGUUAUAAAGAUUAACGGGCUAGAACAUUUACCUGUUGGAUUUUACUAUUUUGGUGAAUAUAUGGAAGAUCCCAGCACAAUAGGACAUCCAGUUGCAAUGCAAAAAUUUUAUGCUGGCUCUAACAUAUUCUUAUUCUGGUCCUAUGGCAACUCUGUUGAUAUUAAGGGACAAGCAGUCACGGAGCUUGCGAUCAAGACAAUAGAAGCCAUGGGAGGAGAAGUUGAGAAUGUCAUUCUUCAACGCCGCUUUAUGUACUUUCCUCAUGUUGGUAGCCAAGAUAUGAAAGAUGGGUUUUAUGAAAAGUUGGAAUCAAAGCUUCAAGGAUCAAGAAAUACUUACUAUGUAGGUGGACUCAUGGCUUUCGAGCUAACAGAGAGAAAUUCAUCUUAUGCCAUGGCUCUGAUCUGCAAGAACUUUGCACAUAGCAAUGAUUUGCCAAUAUUUCCUUACACUAAGAAUCUGUUUCCCUUGCAAACUGAGUGCCAGAAAAAGAACCCUAAAGAAUUAGGUGAAUUGGAAGAAGUGCAAUUUCCUAAUUUGCCUACUUUGAAUAGCUACUUAAAGCACUGGGGAACUCAUCCAAUCACUCAAAACAGGAUUCUGUAUUCUUGGAUUAAUGAAGAAGGGGCUCCAGUAAGCCAAAGGACCUACAGAGAACUGUGUUUUAAUUCUUCUUGCAUUGCUCAUAAGCUUGUAACAAGCCAAAAGCCGGUUAUAAAGCCAGGUGACAAGGUUCUUCUGGUUUAUGUCCCCGGUUUGGAUUUUAUUGAUGCCUUCUUUGGAUGCCUAAGAGCUAAAGUCAUACCAGUCCCAAUUCUUCCUCCAGAUCCCAUGCAAAGAAAUGGACAAUCACUAAAGCAAAUUGAAAAUAUUGCCAAGUCAUGUAGCAUUGUGGCAAUUUUAUCAACAGUUGCUUAUCACUCAGCAGUCCGUGCAGGUUCGUUGAAAAAUUUAAUCUCAUUCGUUGGAAAAAAUGAGAAAUCUUUGGCUCGGUGGCCCAAUCUUCCAUGGUUGCACACUGAUACAUGGGUCAAGAAGUCCAAAAGUAUGGUUUUGGAACAUCUUGAUGAACAAGGUGAACCUGAGCCAGGUGAUAUAUGUUUCUUGCAAUUUACCUCUGGUUCAACUAGUGAUGCUAAAGGAGUCAUGAUCACUCAUGGUGGGCUAAUUCACAAUGUAAAGCUGAUGCGAAGGAGAUACAAGAGCACCUCAAGGACAAUGCUAGUAAGCUGGCUUCCUCAGUAUCAUGACAUGGGACUGAUUGGGGGACUUUUUACAUCUCUUGUUAGUGGUGGUUCUGCAGUAUUGUUUUCGCCAAUGACAUUUAUCAAGAAACCACUCUUAUGGCUUGAAGUUAUGAGCAAGUACCGAGCAACUCAUAGUGCUGGCCCCAACUUUGCCUUUGAGUUAAUGAUUCGAAGAUUGGAGUCUGACAAGGAUAAGCUUCAUAAUUUAGACCUCUCAUCCUUGACUUUUCUUAUGGUUGCUGCUGAACCAGUGAGACAGAAGACCCUGAAAAGAUUUGUUGAGCUAACCAGUCCGUUUGGCUUAUCUGAAAAGGUGAUGGCGCCUGGAUAUGGUUUAGCAGAAAAUUGUGUGUUUGUCUGUUGUGCAUAUGGAGAAGGUAAGCCGAUCAUUUUGGAUUGGCAGGGAAGAGUUUGUUGUGGUUAUGUUAAUCAUGAGGAUGCAGAUAUUGACAUUAGAAUAGUUGAUCCAGAAACUCUUGAAGAGCUUCAGGAAGAUGGAAAGGAGGGAGAAAUCUGGAUUAGUAGUCCAAGUGCAGGAAUAGGAUACUGGGGAAGGGAAGAGUUGAGUCUAAAAACUUUCAGGAAUGAACUUCAGAACCUUCCUGGUCGUAGCUACACAAGAACUGGAGACUUGGGACGAAUAAUUGAUCAGAAAUUAUUCAUCACUGGAAGAAUCAAAGAUCUUAUCAUUGUUGCUGGAAGAAAUAUUUACUCAGCGGAUGUUGAGAAGACAGUUGAGACUUCGUCUGACAUUCUUCGUCCUGGUUGCUGUGCUGUCGUUGGAGUUCCUGAGGAAAUUUUAUCAGCAAAGGGGAUUUCCACCCCAGAUGGCUCUGAUCAGGUAGGCUUAGUCGUGAUUGCAGAAGUAAGGGAUGGUAAGCCAGUCACCAAAGAUGUGAUUGAGAAAAUUAAGACUCGUGUGAUGGAAGAACAUGGAGUUAAUGUUGCUUCCGUCAAGUUGAUCAAGCCCAGAACCAUCAGCAAAACAACUUCAGGAAAAAUCAAGAGGUUUGAAUGUGUCAAACAGUUCAGUGAUGAAACACUGAACUUGAUACCAAUAGGUCCAACACCUGUUUUGAGAAAGAAGUCGUUGUUAAGUUCGUUUACUACAGGAAUGUUGAGAGAAGGAAAAACACCGGGGCCACUUGCACCAAGGAAAAGGAUCAGUAAGAAUGAAAUUGUAGAGUUCUUGAAAGGGCUAAUAUCUGAGCAGACUGGAAUCUCAGUCAACAACAUCUCAAUCACAGACAACUUGACCUCAUAUGGAAUUGACUCAAUUGGAGUGGUUAAAGCAACUCAAAAACUCUCAGAUUUCUUAGCAACUCCGAUUUCAGCCAUAGAUGUUUUCACUGCAUCCUGCAUUCUAGAAUUGGCUAACUUCUGUGAAGAUCUUCUAUCAAAGUCUCAGCCUCAACUUACUAGCAAUUCAUCCAAUGUUCCAGAAGCUCAGAAUGGUUCCACUGAAUUUAAUGUGGAGGUAUCCAAGUCUUGGUGGUUUGGUAUCCGUGUACUUCAAUUCCUAUCUCUUAUUUAUAUUUCUAUCAUUCUGGUUUCUCCUGCAUAUCUAUCCGUCACUACUUAUCUCAAUUUCACCUUAAGUGCCAGUAAAUGGAUAAAUGGAUUUCCAUGGCUACAUUACUUAAUUUCCCUGACUUUUGCACCUGUUGCUUGGAUUCUUUGCAUGGCUUCUACUUGCAUUUGCAUAUCAUUAUUUGGAAGCUCUUUCUUGGGGCCAAACUAUGACCCUACCUCUGAAAUUUCCAUAUAUUCAAUGGAUUUUGUCAAGUGGUGGACACUGUAUAAGGCCCAAGAAAUUUCUUCUAGAGUUCUGGCGGUACACCUCAGAGGAACAGUGUUUCUGAAAUGCUGGUUUGAGAUGCUGGGCGCAAGGAUCGGAUCAUCAGUUUUACUUGACACGGUUGACAUCACUGACCCAUCUUUGGUGUCAAUUGGAGAUGAAGUUACCAUCGCUGAAGGUGUUUUGGUUCAAAGCCACGAGGUAAAGAAUGGAAUUUUACGUUUCCAUCCUAUUAGGAUUGGCAAAUGUUCUUCUAUUGGACCUUAUGCUGUUAUCCAAAAGGGAAGUGUCAUUGAAGAAGGUGCUGAGAUACAGGCCUUGCAAAAGGUUGGACCAGACCAACAUGUGUUCAAACCUGCAAAGCUUGAUAAUGGUAUUAAGAAAACAGAGCUCUCUGUUAAUAUCAGAAAAACUCAAUAUGAUAUUAUCAACCACUUUAUGGGAAUCUAUCUUGUUGGCUUUCUCAGCUCCCUUGCUGCGAUCAUUUCCUACUUCUUAUAUACCAGAUUCUCCAACCAACCUCUAUCACCCCAACACUUUUCCUUUGUUUGCAUUGGUGGGGCCUUCCAUUGGAUCCCGUUUACAAUCGUUGCGUAUGCUACCAUGUUUUCUGAAGUCUCAUCAAACCCAAUCACUUUUGCCAUUUCAUUUACCAGCGCCUAUUUGCUUCAUGGUUUCAUACUCAUCAUUCUCACCACUGCUUUUACUCGUCUCCUCAAAACUAGUCAAAACCAAACACAAUUUAAAACCUGGCUUCGAUGUCAAGUCACAACUUCCUGCCACCUUAGAUGUGCAAAGCUUCUCUCAGGAACAGAAGCCUUCUGCAUAUAUCUACGCCUUUUGGGUGCCAAAAUCGGUAAGCAUUGUUCCAUCAGAGCCAUCAACUCAGUUUCAUGUCCAGAGUUAAUGUCAAUUGGUUCAGGUGUACAUCUUGGAGAUUUUAGCCGGAUAAUUACAGGGUUUCAUUCUUCAAGCGGAUUUGUCAGUGGAAAAAUUGAGAUUCAGGAUAAUUCGGUUAUUGGGAGUCAAAGUGUAGUCCUACCCGGUUCUCUAGUCCAAAAGAAUGUCAUUCUAGGUGCACUUUCAGUUGCUCAAAUGAAUUCUACCCUCCAAGAGGGUGGUGUCUACAUUGGAUCAAAGUCCCAAGCCGUCAUAAGGAACUCGGUGAAGAAUGCUUGUGAUGAAUGGAUAAAAGAUAUAGACAACAACAUAAGCAAAAAAAAGGUUGUUGAUUUGGCUGCAGGUCUCUACAAAAAUGACUCACAGAAAUUGACCCUGACCAGAACAUGGUUUCAGACAUUCUCAGCACUCUUCACUCAGCCACUGCUACAAACAGUUUUACCUCAUAUGGUGUUGGGUUUAGCAGUCUUUGGUCCCUUGAACUGUGUUCUAUACCUAAAGAGUGCCAAGAAACUUCAAAUAUAUUGGUUGCUUCCAUUGUUUUGGGUUCAGUCAGGGGCCUUAGCAUCAUUGGCAUGUGUGAUAGCCAAAUGGGUUCUUGUGGGAAGGAAGAAAGCAGGUGAAAGAGUGGGUAUAUGGAGUGAAAGGAUCACAUUGGACAGCACAUGGCAGGCCAUUAGAACCUUAGUUGGAGAGUAUUUUAUGGACAUGACAAGUGGGUCAUUUUGGUUUGUGGUGUGGAUGAAGAUGAUGGGUGCAGAUGUGGAUAUGGAAGAUGCAGUUUAUGUAGAUAGCAUGGGAGCCUUAUUGAACCCAGAAAUGGUGAAGAUUGAAAGAAGGGGUUGUGUAGGAAGAGAAGCCUUGUUGUUUGGGCAUGUGUAUGAAGGUGAAGGAGGAAUGGUGAAAUUUGGAGAGAUCAAAAUUGGAGAAGAUGGGUUUGUAGGGAGUAGAGCUGUGGCCAUGCCUGGUGUGCAGUUAGAGAAUGGGAGCAAUCUUUGUUCUUUGUCACUUGCCAUGAAAGAAGAAAUCAUUAGAUCAUGCUGA